AUGAAUAAUCGAUAUCGAAAUGCUCCCGGCCUUAGAGGCCCUACAAAGGCAUCAGCGAGCACUCUGUGCCAGAAAUGCUUGAAACGAGGACAUUACAGCUACGAAUGUACAGUGUCGACCCAAGAACGACCAUAUUUGGCUCGACCAUCGCGCACGCAGCAACUGCAAAAUCCGAAGCUAAGGCCAAAGCUCUCCUCAGACACUCCCAAUGACCUUUUACGGACAGAAGGUCUGGCGGACAAGCUAUUAGCGAAACGAGAAGAGGAGCGCGGUAGAAAACAAGACAACGAUGUGUCCGGCUGGGCUGAGAGUCAGGAUCAGUCAUCGAGGCGACCACGAUCGGAAUCCGCGCAUUCUAUGAAUUCCGUAUCAACGAUAUCUACCAAUCGAUCGCCAUCGCGUUCACCUCGGCAUGGCGGCGAUGGCAGGGCAGGGUCGCGGCAUUCAAGGACAAGGAAAAGGGGAUACAGCGAUUCUUCAUCUGGACGUUCUGUUUCGCCUUAUUCAUCUGGUGAGAGGGAUCGUUCGCGAUCCCACGAGUGGGCACGCGACCGAAACACACGACGGAGGCGACGGGAAUCCAGUCCGACUGAGCGUGGACGGUCCGCGAAUUUGUCCCGUGAUAGUCGCCAGAAAUACAGAUCUCGAAGUCGGAGUAGAGAUCGUGAUCAGAUCGCAAGGGGCCGGCGUUCUUUGACUCCACAUCGCAGAAGACGUUCCAGGGGCGCGGCUCCGCCCGAGCCCUCACAAAGUCGUUCUGAGCAUGCUUCUGGCAGACGACCUAGGCAUGAGCCUGGCCAUUCUGCGCCGCAGUCUUCAAGAGACCGCAGUCUAAGUCCCUUUAGCAAGCGCCUGGCAUUGACACAGGCCAUGAACAUGGGUAGGUAG